AAGCUCCUCCCUCCCUCUCUCUCUCUCUCUCUCACACACACACACACCGGCUCGGUCCCCCAUAACCAUAUAAAACCAUCUCUGCUUCUCUCCCUCUCAUCAUCAUCAUCAUCAUCAUCUACCCUCUCCUCCUCCGGCUCCCGCAGCACAUUUCUAGUUCUCGGUGGCCAAGGAACAGAGGACGAAACGAAACAGAGGAGCUUUGAAGAAAAUGGGGUUUGGGGAGAGGAGAGGGGCAGGAAUGCUGGCUGAUCUGUUGGAGAAGGCCGGUGGCUGUGCGGUGAUCGACGGCGGUUUCGCCACCCAGCUCGAGAAGCACGGCGCCUCCAUCAACGACCCCCUCUGGAGCGCCCUCUGCUUGAUCAAGGACCCUGCCCUCAUCAAACUCGUUCACUGGGAAUACCUGGAGGCUGGUGCGGAUGUGUUGGUCACUUCUUCCUAUCAGGCGACUAUCCCAGGAUUUCUGUCUAGGGGAUUGUCCAUUGAAGAAGGGGAAACAUUACUUGAAAAAAGCGUCAAGUUGGCUGUUGAAACCCGUGAUAAAUUCUGGGAUAAUGUGAAAGAGAUCCCAGAGAAUUCUUACAAUCGGGCUCUUGUCGCAGCUUCAAUCGGAAGCUACGGAGCUUAUCUUGCGGAUGGUUCAGAGUACAGUGGAUCCUAUGGAGCGGAUAUCGACUUGGCUAAAUUGAAGGAUUUUCAUAGACGGAGAUUGCAACUGCUUGUUAAGGCCGGUGCUGAUUUACUCGCCUUCGAGACCAUUCCCAACAAGCUUGAAGCUCAGGCCUGUGCGGAGUUGCUUGAAGAAGAAAAUGUCGAGAUUCCAUCGUGGAUCUGCUUCAGCUCUGUAGAUGGCGACAAUGCUCCAUCUGGAGAGAGCUUUGAGGAAUGCCUUGACAUCCUAAAUCAAAGAGAUAGAGUGUCCGCGGUUGGGAUAAACUGUGCUCCACCUCACUUCAUCGAAAGCCUCAUCUGCAAAAUUAGGAAGAUUGUGCAGUUAACAAGCAAGCCAAUAGUUGUUUACCCGAAUAGCGGCGAGGUAUGGGAUGGCAGAGCAAAGAAAUGGCUGCCAUCGAAGUGCUUUGGCGAUGACAAGUUUGAGCUCUUUGCAACAAGAUGGCGAGACGUCGGGGCACAGCUUAUUGGGGGCUGCUGUAGAACAACCCCUUCAACAAUUCGUGCAAUUUCGCAAGCUCUGAGGAAAGUUGAGAAAAUUGAUGAUCUGUGACGCCAAGUUGAAAGUUGUAGCUCGUAUUCGAUGUCAGGUGUGAUUAUUACUUAGCUCGGGUAAUUCUUUGUAGUCUCACGAGUUUGUAUUCAUAUUUACAAGUGCUUUGGUAUCCCCUUCAAAUUCUGGGGAGCUUAGGAAGCUGAGAAAGCAGAGGCAGUUCUGCUUUAAAGUGGAAAAUUCUUUGGUCCUCGUCUCCCGUCUUUUCCUAUUCUAUGACGUCAUUAAUUUUCAAGUGCGACAUAGGAUGCAUAUAAGCAGUUAUUUAUUCGAGGACAGGUUAGGACUAAAUAAUGCUGAGGAUGGGGUUUAAGGGUAUUUGAAUAAUCUCUGGUUAAAAAAUUCCCUCUAUAUAAAUAAAAUUUUAAUACAA